AUCCACGAACUCCAGCCAACUCAAGUGAGCAUACCAUCGGAGGAAGAAGAAGAUGGCGCGCGUGGAGGCGCUGAGCAUGAGCGGCGCCACGGCGAUCCCGGCGGAGUACGUGCGGCCGCAGGAGGAGCGCCAGGGCCUGGGCGACGCCUACGACGAGGCGGCGGCCAGCUGGUCCGCGGCGGGCACCCCGCGGAUCCCCGUCGUCGACGUGGCCGCCUUCGACGCCGCGGACCCGGGCUCGCCCUCCAGCCUCGCCGUCGUCGACGCCGUGCGCGCCGCCGCGGAGAGCUGGGGCGUCAUGCACGUGGCCGGCCACGGCAUCCCGGAAGACCUCAUCGAUGCACUGCGCGGCGCCGGCACGGGGUUCUUCCGCAUGCCGAUCGAGGACAAGGAGGCCUACGCCAACGACCCGGCGGCCGGGAGGCUCGAAGGGUACGGCAGCCGGCUCGCGGGCUCGGCCGGCGAGGACGGGAAGAGGGAGUGGGAGGACUACCUGUUCCACAUGCUCCACCCCGACGCCCGCGCCGACCACGCGCUCUGGCCGGCGCACCCGCCCGAGUACGUGCCCGUCACCAAGGCCUUCGGGGAGCACGUCAGCGCGCUCUCCUCCCGGCUCCUCGCCAUCCUCUCGCUCGGGCUCGGCGUCCCGUCGGACACCCUCGAGCGCCGCCUCCGCCUCACCUCCGGCGAGGCCCAGGUGGAGGACGACCUGCUGCUGAAGCUGAAGAUCAACUACUACCCGCGGUGCCCGCAGCCGGAGCUGGCGGUGGGCGUGGAGGCGCACACCGACGUCUCCGCGCUCUCCUUCAUCCUCACCAACGGCGUGCCGGGCCUGCAGGUGCUCCUCCCCGGCGACGGCCAGACCUGGGUCACCGCGCGCGACGAGCCGGGCACGCUCGUCGUCCACGUCGGCGACGCGCUGGAGAUCCUCAGCAACGGGCGCUACACCAGCGUGCUCCACCGCGGGCUCGUCAACCGCCAGGCCGUGCGCGUCUCCUGGGUCGUCUUCGCCGAGCCGCCGCCCGACUCCGUGCUGCUGCGCCCGCUGCCGGAGCUCCUUGCGGACGGCGCCGAGACGCCGCGCUUCGAGCCGCGCACCUUCAGGCAGCACCUCGAGCGCAAGGUCCUCAAGAAGACGAAUGAUCAAGAGGAGGAGGAGGUUGUUAAGAAGCCGCCCGUUGUCGCUCAAGAGGAGGAGAAGGAGGUUGUUAAGAAGCCGCCGGCCGCCGGCGAGGAGGAGGAGAAGGGGGAGGCCACGGAGCCGCUGGUCGCCGGCGAGGAGGAGCACAAGGUGGUGAAGAAGGAGCAGAGUGAGCAGGAGGAGGCCAAGAUGGCGCCGGUGGCAGCCAACCUAGUGGAAGUUAAUUAAUGAACUCAUCCUACAAUAAUUACCAUAAUGAGUGAUAUUACUCACAUGGGGUAAUUGUACGAAUAAGUGUGCUUGCUAUUGAGAGGUGAUCAGAAAAAAUAUAUAUUAAUUUUGCGCUUUA